UGAUCCGAGAUGGGGUCGAGGCAAUAUACCGAGAUUGCGAGUCCUGUGCUGCCAUCCCACAACUUUCGCGCGCAUUCGUCCUUCAGAGAGCAAGCCAGCAACACCAACAUGCAGUACUCCCUCGUUUUCCUGGCCGUUGUGGCGAUGCUGGGUUCGGUGCUUGGAUUCCAGGUUGCUCCCAGGGGAUUGCCGACGGCAUCGCGCUGCUCGGGAGUGUCCACGUCCCCGCGGGCAUCGUCCUCGUUCACCGCACGACCGGUGGCGGCGACAGCAGCAGGGGGAGCAGCGCCCAGAGCCUCCGCGCACAAGAGGAGACAACAACGGUUCAGCAUGCAGUUCGGAGAAGGAGGCGGGCCAAUCGAGAAGGGAACCAUGCCGUCCUACGAAGAAGAGCAGGAUAAGGCGUUCUUCAACAGCGAGCUGGACAACGCCCCAGCGACGGAAAAGGUGAAGGACCCCGUUGUGAUCAUCACUCUGGCCUGGAUCCUGGGGAUGUUCCUCCUCGCCACCGGGCUCAUCCUCAACGGCGUCAACUAACCGGUUGUCUCUUUGGCUCCAUCACGCUGGCCUGGAUGGUGGUGGGGGUGUUUUGUUCUUCCUGGCCGCGAGUCUCCUCCUCCUCAACGUUGCUAACUACAAACAUUUGACUUUUGUGUGGUUGUCUAUAGACCCAACGAGGGCGAUCUUGGGAAGAAAACUAGAAUGCGGCAGCAGACCAUCUUUGUAUUAGAAGGGAACAUGUUCAUCGCUACGCAAGGCGUGUCGCUAACCGAAAGGGUCGCCUGGACCCACCAGUGUACGUACAGGGUUCGGGGAUCGGACUUCGGGGUGAUCUCUCUCUCUUUCUAUGCAUCUUUUAUCGGUGGUUGAUGUUGUUGUGACGAAGGAGCUUAAUGGGGGCUGGUGGAGGUGUAGAAGUCACCGAUCAGCAAGAGCUCACAUAGUUAGGCUAUUUGCGUUUUCGUGGGAGUUGUAUGUAGGUUAGAGGACGGGGGAAAUGCAGCAGACGCGGCCUGGUUGGAUGCUUCUGUCGGCCCAAGAAGGAAGUACACCAUGUAGCCUUGCAUUUUUCCGUUCUAUUUUUUUUAAGAUAUAAAGCUGGGAACACAAUUUUUGUUUCGGUCACUUGUUCUAGCCCUUCUGCUUUUCGUAGCGAGGAAUGCCCGGGUUUCGCUUUUGUGGCGUGCCCACAAUGAAGAAACGUUUGGUGGAGCACCGUGUCGGACCACACAAAGUCACGUUGCAUUUUUUUUGUUUGCCCUCCAUAUCCGAAAGUGCUGUAGGAUUUCUCGAGGUAAGAGCCGCUCCAGUAGUGGGCUCACCGGCGGGAUUCCUCGUACACGCAGAAGGUUUGCAUGGGAGAUGAAUUUAUGCCUGAAUUUUCUGGUGGUGGCAAAAUAUGGGAACGAACCUAACUACGAUGAGUGAUUCUUGGAAUAGGUGGUGGCUGCGUGCGUAGGCUAAGCUCUUUGUCUGAAAGUGGCACGUUGCAUGGUCGGGGUGUGGAGAAGUCGCUCUUUCUAGGGACGGUCGCCGUCUGCACGACGGCUUCAUGGCUCCAGCAUGUUUCUCUUGCGGGCAAGAUUUCAGGGGCGGGUGGUCAUGUCGUACUUAAGGUUAGGGUUGGAUGUCGCGGGAGCUUGCCGAAGAUAGACAAAACAAGCGUGAACGAGAACGCAGCCUGACUGCUGAGAAUGGUGCAGUUGGUGAAGUGAUGAUGAUUUGGUGAGCAUUCUGCACCUGGCUGAGCUGGAGAGCGAUCCAUUCGCACACUUUCGCCCCUCUGCCGCAAAUGCUGGGCGGUUUGGGAACGAGUUCUCAAAAGUGGCAUCGUGGAAAAAUCAGCGGUUGUCUUCUCACAUUGUGAUUGUCGGUUGCU